AUGUUUUCAGCACGGACGCUCAUCUCUCGCCCCAUUCUCGCCUCUGCGGCAUCGGCUGUCGCGAUCUCUUCUGCCAGAACAGCAUUCCGUACUGCGCGGCCAACGAUUGCCGCGUCUGCUGCGGUUGUUCCCAGCGCACGGCGUCUCUACCACGAGAAAGUGAUCGACCACUACACUCGGCCACGCAAUGUCGGCUCUCUCGACCGGAAAGACCCCUCUGUGGGAUCGGGAUUGGUAGGCGCACCAGCUUGUGGCGACGUCAUGAAGCUCGACAUCCGGGUCGAUCCUGUCACCAACAAGAUCAUCGAGGCCAAGUUCAAGACGUUCGGCUGUGGCUCAGCCAUUGCCAGCUCUAGCUACCUUACGACGCUGGUGCAGGGCAAGUCUUUGGACGACGCCGCCGCCAUUCGCAAUGUCGAUAUCGCAUCCGAGCUCUGCCUACCUCCGGUCAAGCUGCACUGCUCAAUGCUUGCAGAGGAUGCUAUCAAGGCCGCUGUUGCCGACUACCGGAGCAAGCGGCCUCAGACCAACUUGGGCGGCACUGGAAAGACCAUCUCGCAGGCACCGCCUGCACCUCAGGCAGCAGCAGCGGCUAUCUGA